AUGAAUAAUGAAACAAGUGGUCUUGCGAUAUUGGCCCUGGCCUAUCGUAUUGAAAUAAUAACAUUACCAAUAUUAAUUAUAUUUGGUAGCAUAUGUAAUAUAAUGACAUUUAUUGUAAUGCGUCGAAGACGUAUGCGUGUAUCAUCAACUUGUUUUUAUAUGGCAGUACUUGCUGUAACAGAUACACUUGUUUUAUGGACUGGUUGUCUUAAUCAAUGGUUUUAUUUAAUGAAUUUACAAACAUUUGUUGUUAAAUCAAAUUUUACAUGUAAAUUACUUCCAUUUCUUUUUGUCUUUUUUGCCGAUGCAAGUGUAUGGAUUACUGUAUGUAUGUCAUUUGAACGAUAUUUUGCUGUUUCAAGACCAUUAAGAGCUUCACAAAUGUGUACAACUCAACGAGCUAAAUGGGUUUUAGUUGUUAUCUUUACAGUAUUUAUAUUGAUUGAUGGUCAUUUUUUACUAACAUUACAAUUAGAAAUAAUUGAUGGUGAACAUCGUGUAUGUCAUCCAAAAUUAUGGGCACGACAUUUUGUUGGAAAAAUUUUUAUUUUUAUUGAUGCAUUAAAAUAUUCUGCAAUACCAUUUUUUUUAUUACUAUUAUUAAGUAUACUUAUUAUACAACAAGUAUUUCAUGCUGAAAAUAUUAGUGCACAAUUACAGAAUCUUCGUCAAUUACAUAGUUAUCAUAAAUAUUCAAUAACAUCAAGUUCAAGUCUUACGGGUCGUUCAUCAUCAGUAAUGAUUAAUUCAACACAUCCAACUUCAUUAAAUAAUACUCGUGUUGGUCGCCGUAUUACAUUUAUGUUAUUAUCUGUUAGUAUUGCAUUUUGUGUAUUUUCAGCUCCAAUGUCACUAAUGCAAAUAGUUCAAAGUAUAUCAAAACCUGGUCAUAAUGAAACUCCAUUAGCUAUUGGCAAAGCUGUAGCUGAAUUAUGUCAAUAUAUAAAUCAUUCAUGUAAUUUUUUCUUAUAUGCUUUAACAGGAAGAGUAUUUCGUCGAGAAUUUGUUCGAUUAUUUUUUCCAACACGUUUUGGUGGUGGUGGUGGUGGUGGUAAUGCUGGUGUAACAGCACGUAUAGGUCUUAAUGGACGUGCAUGUUUAAUACCACCAGCAGGACAUUCAUCAAGUCGUCGUUGUUCAGUUUAUUCAGUUGAUAAUCGUCAAAGUAUAUGUCAAACAUCUCGACGUUUAACAACAUUUUCUUUAAAACCUUAUAAUAAUCAAAUAAAUCAACAACGUAAUCCAUCAUUUUCAGUUAAAUCACCAUUAUUAUUUGAUACUAAUGGUUCAUUAGCAAUAAAUAGACAUUAUAAUAAAACAUAUGACAAAUCACCAAUAUUAACAAAUAAAAAUUCAAUUGAUAAUAGUCCAUUAUAUUCAUUAUGGAAUAUGAUCGAUCGAACAAAACAACGAGAAAUAAGUGGUAGACCAUUAUUAUUUGUAAAAAUUUUAAAACCAACUAACAAUCAUUUUCAAAUAUAA